CCCGAGGGUGAGGAGAAGCUGGCCGCCAAGGGAAAGAGCUCGGGCCCCAGCGCCAGGAAGGGGAAGGGGCAGAUCGAGAAGAGGAAGCUGAGGGAGAAGAGGAGGUCGACAGGUGUGGUGAACAUCCCGGCCGCUGAGAGCCUCGAUGAGUAUGAAGAUGAUGAAGCAGGGCAGAAGGAGCGGAAGAAGGAGGAUGCUAUUACCCAACAGAAUACGAUACAAAAUGAGACUUCCAGUGGAGAUACCCCUGGCUCAUACUUAUUACAGGACUCCUCCAGGAUGGUUUCAAGCAGGUAUAAAAGCACAGCUAAUGCACCAGAAGACGAUGCUCCAAAUAGAUACUCCCGAACAGACAGGACAACUUACAGCAGAUACAGCAGGGAUGCAAAUUCUUCUGGCAGUUCUGUACCAAGUAAUGCUUUGGAAAAGAGGAUUGAGGAACUUGAAAGGGAACUUGCAAAGGAGAGACAGGAAAAUGCGAGAUUAAUGAAGAUGACACAGGACAAAGAGGAGCUAAUUGGAAAGCUGAAGGAAGAAAUUGAUUUAUUAAACAGAGACCUAGAUGAUAUAGAAGAUGAAAAUGAACAAUUGAAGCAAGAAAAUAAAACCCUCUUAAAAGUUGUUGGACAGCUAACAAGGUAGAAGAUUCAAGCCUCAGUGAGGAAAGAUUUAAGAAACUACUGAUUGAACGUUAAGGUCAAUAUAGUAAUACUUCCUGUGUUGCAGUAUGUUAUAAUAACUGUCUUUAUAUUUAUUGUUAGGAAACCAGAUGAAUGUUUAUUUUCAUAGUACUUUCUUCUUCAUUCAAUGAAAUGGCAUCAAAUUUGGGGUAUAUUUUUAGCUUUCUUUUCAUGUAAGAAUGAUUAACAUUUUUUACAUAUUUCAAAAUAUUAAGUUCAAAAAUAUUAAGGUUUUGUAUCUUCAGAUUGCAUCUGGUUAAAUUACAGUAAUUUAAAAUUCAUAGCACCAAGAUCACUUUCAGUCCACGUGGGUGUAUAUUUUUGAAAUGAAUGGAGGCAAUACAUAGAAGCUUUGUUUACACAGAUCCAAAAUAUAUAUUUUGGGAAAUAUUUCCUUUUGUGUUUAAACAGCUGUAAAGUGGAUGCCUUAUUACUGAUGUAUAACAUUUUGCAGAUUGAUUACUUGCUCUAAAACUCUUGGUUUUUUACUGUAUCUGAAAGACUGACAAUAUUAGAGAGUAGCAAUUUUUUUUUUUCUGUAUAACAGUAUUCUGGCAGGAGGGAGAGGUUUU